CCGGGGCCGAGCCGGGGCCGAGCCGGGGCCGCCGGGCCGGGCCAGCCAUGGAGGUGGAGGAGGCGUUCCAGGCGGUGGGGGAGAUGGGCAUCUACCAGAUGUACUUGUGCUUCCUGCUGGCGGUGCUGCUGCAGCUCUAUGUGGCCACGGAGGCCAUCCUGAUCGCGCUGGUGGGGGCCACGCCGUCGUACCGCUGGGACCUGGCCGAGCUCCUGCCCAACCAGAGCCACAGCAACCUGUCGGCAGGUGACGACCGCGCCCUGGGGCACUGGCUGCUGACGGCCAACGGCAGCGAGGUCCGCAAGCACGUGCACUUCAGCAGCAGCUUCACGUCCAUUGCCUCCGAGUGGUUUUUAAUUGCUGACAGAUCUUACAAAGUCAGUGCAGCAAGCUCGUUCUUCUUCAGUGGUGUGUUUGUGGGAGUUAUCUCUUUUGGUCAGCUUUCAGAUCGCUUUGGAAGGAAAAAAGUCUAUCUCACAGGUUUUGCUCUUGACAUCUUAUUUGCUAUUGCAAAUGGGUUUUCCCCCUCCUAUGAGUUCUUUGCAAUAACUCGCUUCCUGGUGGGCGUGAUGAAUGGAGGAAUGUCCCUGGUGGCCUUUGUCCUGCUGAACGAAUGUGUGGGCACCGCCUACUGGGCACUCGCAGGAUCGAUUGGUGGCCUCUUCUUCGCAGUUGGCAUCGCUCAGUAUGCCCUGUUGGGAUACUUCAUCCGCUCCUGGAGGACCCUCGCCGUUCUGGUUAAUCUGCAGGGAACAGUGGUCUUUCUCCUAUCUCUAUUCAUUCCUGAAUCACCUCGUUGGUUAUACUCCCAGGGUCGGCUGAGUGAGGCUGAAGCCGCUCUGUACCUCAUUGCCAAGAGGAACCGCAAGCUCAAGUGUACGUUCUCACUAACACACCCGGGCAGCAGGAGCUACAGAGAGACCGGAAGUUUCCUGGAUCUGUUCCGUUACCGGAUCCUCUUGGGGCACACACUGACCCUGAUGUUCAUCUGGUUUGUGUGCAGCUUGGUGUACUAUGGCCUCACUCUCAGCGCAGGCGAUCUAGGCGGAAAUAUUUAUGCCAACCUGGCCUUGUCCGGCCUCAUAGAGAUUCCCUCUUACCCUAUCUGCAUCUACUUGAUUAAUCAAAAAUGGUUUGGUCGGAAGCGCACAUUAGCAGCAUUUCUGUGCCUAGGAGGACUGGCUUGUCUUAUUGUAAUGUUUCUUCCAGAAAAGAAAGACACAGGUGUGUUUGCGGUGGUGAACAGCCAUUCCUUGUCUCUGCUCGGGAAGCUGACGAUCAGCGCUGCCUUUAACGUGGUAUACAUCUACACCUCCGAGCUGUACCCUACCGUCAUCAGGAAUGUUGGACUUGGAACUUGUUCUAUGUUCUCCCGAAUCGGUGGGAUUAUUGCUCCCUUCAUCCCCUCACUGAGGUAUGUGCAGGGGUCUCUACCCUUCGUUGUCUUUGGAGCCACUGGCCUGACUUCGGGCCUCCUAAGUUUAUUAUUGCCAGAAACCCUUAACAGCCCAUUGCUUGAGACUUUUUCUGACCUUCAGGUGUAUUCGUAUCGGAGGCUGGGGGAGGAAGCGUUAUCUUUACAGACCUUGGAUCCCCCACAGUCUGUUGACAAGGACAACACUUUAGGCAGUGAGAGUGAGGAAGAAGAGGAGUUUUUUGAUGCCGAUGAAGAAACCCAGAUGAUUAAAUGAAGAGCCUCGGAUUCCCCCUCCCAAACAGAUGGUCUCCUUGUCUCUGGCCAAGGCAAGGUUUUCCAGGAAACCUAAGAGAGUGGUGGAAGUGCAGGCUUGAACAUACGUGGAAGGUACUCAGCAUGGGCUCAUUUUUUCCAGGCACAGAGGAAGCUGGGGAAGGGAUUUCAUGAGAGAGAAUAUGACCAUUCUGAGGGUACAGUCACUCUUUAGUCCAAAAUUCUGGUUUAUUUCUGAACCAUGACUUCUGGCCAGAGAGCUCAAAAACACAUGCCGGAGUGGAAAGCUAAUUUGAAAAAAAAAAAAAAAAAGAAAGCUAAUUUGUUUCUGGAAGUUUGAUCAUGUUGCUUAUCCUUGAUCAUGACCUAAAGGCAGACAUGUAAAAUUUCUUCGCACUGCGAAGUGGGAUAAGAUAAACCAUCCUUAAGAUUUCAUCCUAAUACCAUAUUUGACGCCUCACCAGGAAUCUCCUGAGCCAGACUGCUGUUCACCUUUCAGUUUUGUGCCAGAGGAGAAGCACUGAGAGGUGAUUGAUUAAAUGUACCCCAAGGCCUCUGGCUUUCCCCUAACUGAUGAAAGGUGGGCUGCCCCUUGGUUUGCAGGCUGAGGGUUGGCUUCACCUCCUGCCAUUAGCUCCAGAGACGAUCCCCUGGGAAAAACCAACUGUACCGAUACGAUUUUCUCAGAGCCAGAAGUGUGGCCGCAGAGCCCUCUUAACUCCCUUUGACAUUCCACUUGUAUCACGUCCUCAGUUCUGAGGUGCACCUCCAGGAGGUCCCACCUCAGAUUCUAGUACCAGCAAGUAGCUUCAGAACUGUGCUCAGUAAGGAAUGAAGUUCUUCUGUAAAGGUGGAGGGCAGUUACAAAGUGACACGUCAGACCCUUGAAGAGGUACAGCUUUUAGAAGGAAUAAAAGGAAACCAUCUGUCACGAGUUUUUGUUUGGUCUGUUUGGGCAUUGUGCAGUGAGGGGCUUGGGCAACAUUUAAGACCUUAAACACUUCCAAUCCCAGAUCAGUCCCUGCCUCUGGAGUCCGAGUGGAAAGCAAGUAAUUUUGGAGGAAAUAUUGGUUUUUCAUGAAGUACCACCAACUUUCAAAUAAGUCUGCCACACUUCAACUUCCAAAACCAUGUGCUGGAAGUAUCUGUUUCCCUCAAAACUUGAACACUCUCUCAAAGUUGGAGUAUUAGCCUGGAGUCAGCAAGCUUGCACAGCAUGGCUUUGGGCCACUUUCCCAAGUGGGAACAUUUCUGUGUCUUCAGGAUUUCCCAUUCUACUAACUCUCGCAGAAAAGGAAGUUGCAUCGGAGAUGAAGGGAAGACGUCAUUGGGACUGCUUCUGGAUGUCUUGUUGGCCUUGCCCCCCGUUGACUCUGACCCUACCUACCCCAUCCCCUUCCACAUCAGCCUCUUGGUUUGCACUCUGUCAGGCUGUACCUUUGUACCUGUUAAAGUAUUUUUAUGUCCUUUAUGCCCUUGGCUAUGUUUGGAGCUCUUCAUAAAUAGGGGCCAUCUUUAUUGCUGUUUGUUUCUAUCUACUGUGCCCAGAAGAAUAUGGACUAGACACAGGAAAGACCUAAUAAAUAUUACUGUUUCUAGACAUGGAGAAAACUAGGGAACUCCUUGGAGUAUCUUUUGUAUAAAUCCCAGGCAAAUCUGACCCAAACCCCCAAACUGUGGAAUCCUGCCUUUCUCUGGCAAUUAGAGAGACCGUGCCCACCACCAGGGGAGGAAGAGAUGAGGAACUUACAAGGACUCUUAGAAGCUCUUCUUAAUGAUCAGGAGUUAAAAAUAAAGCAAUGAACUAGCAUAUAUGUGCUCUUUAGUCAGAGCGCUCUUUGCGUUCUAAGAGCAAUACAUCCCAUUGCAGAAAAUUUGGAAACCAGAAGUUAAUAAAUUUGUCACCCAGAGGCAGCCAGCGUGAUAGCUUCAUUCUAACUGAAGACCAGUUGGGAAUCCAUUUCUCUGUUGUCACUGGGGUUCUCUCUGUCUCUGGCUAAAUAAAUGAGGAUUCCAUUAGUUCCCUCCCUGGGUAUCCUGCUUUCCCAGCUAUGGGGUGGAAAAAAGGAAGGGGGGAUACACAUGUUGCUUACAAAGGCCAGGCAGGCCAUCAGCUGCCCGUGUCUGUUGUGUCACUAAUAAGGUACUUGUUUCUUUCUAGAUGGUCUUUUGGCAAAGUUUCAUAAUUACUGUUUUUUCAUCCUACCGCCUUUUAUAAAGACAGAUUGUUUUCCUUUUGAUAUUAAGUAUUGAAGAAUAGGAUUGUAGAGAGUGUGUACAUGUGUAUAUUUGCACUGAUUAAAUUCUUAGAAAGCUUUGAA